AUGAAGUGGAAUGACAGGGAAUUGAAGUUUGCCAGGACAGUGAUCUUCACCAUGGAGGAGAUCAACAGAGAUACUAAGCUCCUUCCUGGGGUGACUCUUGGCUAUAGGCUGUACAAUGGCUGUGGGAGUGAAAACCUGAUUCGAGCAGCCGUAGAAGCUGUAAAUGGAGAGGAUUCAAAAGGAUGCAGUGGUCAGAUACAGGCUCUCUUAGGCCAUUCAUCCUCUGGAGUGAGUGAAGACAUAAACAUCAUACUAAGCUCGCUAUCCAUUCCACAGGUGAGCUACCUCUCUACCUGUGCUUGUUUGAGCGACAAAAGAGUGUACCCCACAUUCUUCAGAACUGUGCCAAGUGACCGCUUCCAAGUCAUCGGUCUGGUGCAGCUUCUGAAAUACUUUGACUGGCGCUGGGUGGGGAUUAUUUAUUCUGAAGGCUUGUACUCAAAGGAAGGUACAACUGAAUUUGUCAAGGAAGCAGAGAAAGAGGGCAUAUGUGUUGAAUACAGGUUGCCUUACUCAAAGACAUCUCAAAUCAAGUUGAAUGCUAUUGUAGAGACACUGAGGGAGUCCUCGUCAAAGGUGGUCCUGUUGUUUGUGUCCUUGUCUUUCACCAAAUCUUUCUUGUCAAGAAUAGUGAAUUAUAACAUAACUGGAAAGCAGUGGGUUGGCAGUGAGUCUUGGAUCACACAAGUAGACCUGGCUUCUGAUGAGAGAAAGAGCAUUUUACAGGGGGCAAUGGGCUUUGCCCUCCCUCAGGCAUCCAUACCAGGUCUUGGUGAAUUCUUACUCAGCUUGAAACCCGCUGAUGAACCACAGAGUGCUAUAAUAAAAUCUUUCUGGGAGAAGUUCUUUGACUGCAGCUUCUUUCCAUCAAAUACCUCUACUAUGUGUACUGGCACAGAAGAUCUCAGGACAGUCUCCAGUGACUACACAGAUGUGACAUAUUUCAGGGCUGAGAAUAAUGUGUACAAAGCAGUGUACUUGGUGGCAUAUGCCCUUCAUGCACUAUUGCAAUGUCAAAAUGGCUCAAAUCCCACAACAGGAAAGUCCUGUGUGACCAAGAACGAUGUUCAGCCAAAGCUUGUGUUGGAGCACAUUAAGUAUGUGAACUUCACAACACAGAAUGGGGACAAGGUUUUCUUUGAUGAAAAUGGUGACUCAGUUGCCCAGUAUGACUUAGUUAACUGGCAAAUGAAAGAAGAUGGCUCUGUUGAGAUUGUGAAUAUCGGUCAAUAUGAUACCUCUGUUCCAGAGGGGGAAAAAUUCAAGCUAAAAGACAACACCAAAAUAGUUUGGGGAGGUAACACUAAUGAGGUGCCAAGGUCUGUCUGCAGAGAACCGUGCCCACCAGGGACUCGAAAGGCGAUAAACAAGCGUAAACCUGUGUGCUGCUUCGACUGCUUUGAGUGUCCUGAGGGAAAAAUUAGUAAUCAGACAAAUUCUCCAGAAUGUUUGGCCUGUCCACCUGAAUUUUGGCCAAAUAAAAAGAAAGACCAGUGUUUUCCAAAACCUACUGAAUACCUUUCCUACAAAGAGAUCAUGGGGGCACUUUUAACGGGAUUUGGCUGUGUUGGCGUAUUUUUAUCUCUUCUGACAUCAAUAAUUUUUUGGACUCAUAAAGAGACCCCCAUAGUAAAAGCCAACAACUCUGAGCUCAGCUUCCUGCUGCUCUUCUCAUUAAAACUGUGUUUCCUGUGUUCUCUGACCUUCAUCGGCCGGCCCUCUGAGUGGUCCUGCAUGCUGCGACACACAGCAUUUGGCAUCACCUUUGUCCUCUGUAUCUCCUGUGUUCUUGGGAAAACUAUAGUGGUUUUAAUGGCUUUUAGAGCCACACUUCCAAGCAGUAAUGUGAUGAAAUGGUUUGGUCCUAAACAGCAGAGACUCAGUGUUCUGACUUUUACCCUCAUUCAGGUUGUCAUUUGUAUACUUUGGCUUACAACCAACCCUCCAUUCCCAAAGAUGAACAUGAAGUACUAUAAAGAAAAGAUCAUCUUAGAGUGUGCCCUGGGUUCAGCUGUUGGAUUCUGGGCUGUGCUGGGUUAUAUCGGACUUCUUGCUCUCUUGUGUUUUAUAUUUGCUUUUCUCGCUAGGAAGCUGCCAGACAGCUUUAAUGAAGCCAAACUGAUCACCUUCAGCAUGUUGAUAUUCUGUGCAGUCUGGAUCACUUUUAUCCCAGCUUAUGUCAGCUCUCCUGGGAAGUUCACUGUGGCUGUGGAGAUAUUUGCUAUUCUGGCCUCCAGUUUUGGUUUGCUGGCGUGCAUUUUUGUUCCGAAAUGCUAUAUCAUUAUCUUCAGGCCAGAACAAAACUCAAAAAAACAUUUGAUGGGAAAAAUACCACCGAGAACUCUUUAA